UCUCACUUCCUUCGCCUCGCACUAGGGACCUUAUUGAUGAUCACCAGAGCGACCGAAACAAAGCCUCACAAGCUGUACAAAGUCCAAGGUUGCAUGGGUUUCUCUGCUAAUAGUGUUCAUUAGAGAAACGGUGCAACUUUGUUCUCGAGAUUCAUUUUGUGUUGUAUUUGAUUUAGGUGCAUAAAAGGUGUGCUUCGGAUAAUUGACCCAAAAGAGUUGUGCGCUUAGUCAUGGAUUCUUUGUGGAAACUUUUAUAUUUACUUGAACCUGCUCCACUUACUCUCAUUGCUACAGCAGUGGCUGUGACAUUUGGAUCUGCAUUUCAUGCUCUGAAUUAUGGGAAAGAAAUGGAGAGGAAUCGUGACUUGUCAGAAGCAUCAAUUACUCUAGAUAGGUCCCAAGCACUAAUGAUCCCAAUAAUGAGCUCCUGCAGCUUGCUUUUGAUGUUUUACCUUUUUCCCUCGGUCUCACAACUCCUGACUGCAUUCACAGCUAUUGCCUCUGUUUCAUCCCUAUUCUUUUGUCUAUCCCCUCACGUUGGGUAUUUGAAAUCACAAUUUGGUUUGGCUGACCCAUUUGUGUCUCGGUGCUGUUCAAAGUCAUUUACAAGAAUACAAGGCUUAUUGUUAUUAGCAUGCAUCCUUACGGUUGCAUCUUGGCUUGUUUCAGGGCAUUGGGUUUUGAACAAUGUGUUAGGUAUCUCCAUCUGCAUUGCAUUUGUCAGUCAUGUGCGCCUUCCAAACCUCAAAAUAUGUGCGAUGCUUCUAGUAUGUCUUUUCGUGUAUGACAUAUUCUGGGUUUUCUUCUCUGAAAGAUUUUUCGGGGCCAAUGUCAUGGUGUCAGUAGCAACACAGAAAGCUUCAAACCCAGUUCACACAGUUGCUAAUAGUUUGAGUCUUCCCGGCUUACAAUUGAUCACAAAAAAAUUAGAAUUGCCUGUAAAGAUUGUUUUUCCAAGGAAUUUGUUGGGUGGUGCAUCCCCUGGUGGGAAUUCAGCUGACUUCAUGAUGCUUGGUCUUGGUGAUAUGGCUAUUCCUGCAAUGCUGCUAGCAUUGGUCCUCUGUUUUGAUCAUCGAAAGAGUAGGGAAACGGUAAAUCUUUUAGAUUUAUAUUCCUCUAAGGGGCACAAAUAUAUAUGGUAUGCCCUUCCUGGGUAUGCUGUUGGACUAGUAACUGCAAUUGCGGCUGGCAUUUUGACUCACUCACCUCAACCUGCUCUCCUUUAUCUGGUACCUUCAACACUGGGACCUGUAAUUUUCAUGUCGUGGUUAAGGAAGGAGCUACUUGAAUUAUGGGAAGGAACCAUGCUAAAUCUGAAUGACAAGGCUAGGCAUAUAGAAGCCUGAGCCAUUUCUUCCUGUGGCACAAUGUUAUGUUAGGUUGUGUAUCGUCGGGAGUACGCAGAACCGUUUGGUUGUAUAUCCUUGGGAUGUUCCGCCAUUGAAAAGUAGAGUAAUAUAUCAACAAUUCAAUGUUUUACUUUAUGAAAUCCAACUUUGCCAAUGAUAUAUUUACCUAGUGAAAUCCAGGAAACAAACAUGGUGAGUCUAGUGUUUGAACAAUAAGCAGGUUACAAUAUCAACGAGUUGUUCUAA